GAGAAGGGGGAGGGAAAGAAAGAGGAGGAGGACGACCCAACCAAAAGAGUUAAAGCACAGACCGGAGAACAAGCCUCCAAGUCAAAGGUGUGUGAGUCUUCCAGGGCGGCACACGGCAAGCAAGACAGUCCAAGGCAGACAUAGAGGUCUUGGAUCAUGUCUCUUUCUGGGAAGGUGGCUUUGGUGACCGGGGGUGCUCAGGGCAUUGGCAGGGCCGUGGUCCAGUCCCUCCUGCAGAGCUCAGCAAAGGUAUCUGUGGUCGACCUGAACAAGAUCUGUGGUGAGGAGUGCAAGUCACAGCUGGACGCUGAGUUUGGAGAGGGCAACAGCACUUUUAUUCAGUGUGAUGUGUCCGAUGGAGACUCACUGCGAGAUGCCUUCCGGAGCACGGUGGACCUGUUCGGUCGCCUGGACAUCGUCAUCAACAAUGCUGGAAUCAACAAUGAAAAGAACUGGCAGAAGACCAUACAAGUUAACCUGACCUCCGUAAUAAAUGGAACUUACUUAGCUCUGGAACACAUGAGUAAAGAGCACGGAAAGGAAGGAGGCACAAUAAUCAAUGUAUCUUCAAUGGCAGCCUUCCUCCACUCUCCUCACCAGCCGGUCUACACUGCCACCAAACACGGCGUGAUUGGCUUCACAAGAGUCAUGGCUGACGCAUCCUCCCAUAGCGACUACGGCGUCCGCAUCAACGUGCUGUGUCCGGCCUUCGUCGACACCCCUCUGCUGCACUCCGUAGAGCAGGAGGAAUACAUGGGGAAGUUUGUUAAGUUCAAGGACGAUUUCAAACGCAGCAUGAAUAAGUUUGGAGUGUUACAGCCGUCAUUCGUAGCUGAAGGCAUGAUGAGGCUGAUCUCCGACACCAGUCUAAACGGCGCAGUUAUGAAGAUCACGUGCGCCAAGGGCAUCCACUUUCACACCUACGAACCCAUGUCUGCUUGAGUACUGGCUAACGGACUCCACCCGAGCAGCCCCGUGACCUGACAGACAAGCAAAUUGUCAGCAUUUUGGACAAUAAGCAGGGGCGGUGUGAAGAGCAGAAUCCCCUACAACCCAUUAAGUUUAACAUUAAUUUAUGUAUUAAGAUGCUAAAGGAGUAAUUAUGUAAAUACAACUCUAUUACUAUGCUGGUGAAAGGAUAAUGCUAAAUAUGGACACCAAAAAAAACGCCAUUUUCAGUGUUUCCAUACAUCAGUUGAUCACGUUGCUUCUGUAAAUCAGUGUUAUUCUUAGUCACACUUAUUAUUUAAGAGCUGACUGGUAUUUUUCCAAAAAUGGAUCGUUUGUGUUUACAUAGACCCCGGGGGCCCAUGCAUCGACAUGCUGCAUACGACCCCUUUUUUCCACAAAGUUGAGGUGUAUUGGGAGGGAACUGUGGGUGUUUUGGAGACACUUGGAAGGGAUCCUGGGUGACUGUUUAAAUAAAGAAUUGUCAAACAA